CAUUGCAAAACACAAAACCCUAAACCCUACUUUGUGCUGUUCUCUCUCAUUCAUCCGAUCCAAUCUCAUCAAUGGCUUCCGCAUGCAGCAGAAUCGCUCAAAGAGCAUCAAUUUCAUCUAUCAAAUCCGCAAUUAAAUCCAACAUUCGUACCUCAUCCAUCCCCAAACCAGCCACCACCGCAACUUCUUCUCCGCUUCGCCGAUCAUUUGCAUCCAGAAUUGCGCCGGAGCUUGGAUGCUUGCAGUCGAUGUUGCCGCUUCACAGCGCCGUUGCGGCGGCGAGAAUGACGUCACGUCUCAGCGUAACUUCUAGGAACUGUCAAUCGCUUUCUCAGGAGCUUGGUCUAUCAGUUCCAAGGUGACUUGCUAGAAGAAAGAUUGAAGAAAGCCUUUUAAGUUUGUAUGCUGGAUUUGUGGUUGUUUGUUACAUUGGUGCCCAGAAAGUGGUUAUACGUGCUGUAAUUUUUUCAGGCUUAGAAAAUGAUUUGUUCUGUUAAAUAAAAAAAAUAUUCUACCUAAUUGAUAUAUUUAUUCAUACGGAUAAAUAGAAUUAUGUUACCGUCUACAAACGUGUGUUACUAUUAAACUGA